AUGUCGAUAAUUACAAAUAGAAAAAGACCCAGAGGCUUCAGCGAAUCGUUCGACCCAAAUUUGGGCAACUCCAAGCCUGGUAGCACCGGUACCUCUACCACUACCAACACCUCCGACGUCAACUCGUCUAUGUCACUGUCUUCUUCCUACAACGACCAGGUGAUGUUCACAGGAACCAAUAAUCCGGCUUCUAAUAGCAACUCCACCUUCUCCUCCACUGAUUCUGCCAUGCUGAAAUACCUCCCCAAGGGCCAUGAUUACUACCACACGGUGUUUGAAGAAACAGAGCCUCUUGGAGAUGAUGAUGUGGAUGAUGAUGACGAAGAUGCAGUCGAUGACGAUGAUGAUGUGAUCAUUCUUGAAGAGCGCAACCUCAAUAACUAUCGAAUUCGGGCAAAACGGAAUAACAGCGACCUGGUGAUCUUUUUUGACAACGACUCGUUCAAUGCGUUUAAAAUGUUGAAUGUCAACAACAUUAACAACUAUACCAGUGACACCAUGAUGGAUGUGGCCAAGAAACAGCGCACUAAUUCGUUACCUCAAUUGCCCCAGGUGAGAUGUUUUUACGAAAAGGUUGCUCAUUUAACAAACCACAAAGUGGGAAAUAUCAAGGCCGAGGUGGUUCCUCACAACCCGCACGGGCCUCCAUGUGAUGACAAGGAUGGCCAUUUUAUCAUUGAGUUGAACAGCUUAUUUGCUAAUCGGUUUAUUGUUUUGCAGCUUUUGGGCCAAGGAACCUUUGGCAAGGUUGUCAAAUGUUACGAUAAACUUAACCGACAACAUGUGGCCAUCAAGAUCAUACGAAAUAUCCCCAAGUAUAGGGAUGCCGCUAAGAUUGAGCUACGGAUUUUGGCGACAUUGAAGAAGUAUGAUAAUAACAACUUGAACCACUGUAUUCACCUACGGGAAUGCUUCGACUAUCGAGGCCAUAUUUGCAUUGUCACGGACUUGUUGAAGAUUUCAUUGUACGACUACUUGGAAAACAAUAAGUUUAUACCGUUUCCUGGAUCUCAUGUACAAUCAAUCUCCAAACAGCUCAUUAGAUCUGUUGCAUUUUUACACGAUUUGAAUCUAAUUCAUACCGAUUUGAAGCCCGAGAAUAUCUUGCUUUAUAACGAUUCAUUCUUGAAGAAGCCUCUUCAGUCCAGUACGUUGAUGCUGGCGUAUCUUCAUUUAUCCAAUCUGCUGGAUGCCAAAAAAGUGCCUAAACUUCUGAAGAUACUAAGAGACACUUCGAUUCAGAUAAUCGAUUUUGGCAGUGCCAUUUUUGAUGAUGAAUACCAUUCAUCCAUUGUCAGCACUAGACACUAUCGGGCCCCCGAAAUCGUGCUUGGGUGUGGAUGGUCUAGUCCGUGUGAUUUGUGGUCGAUUGGGUGUAUAUUGGUGGAGUUGAUCAUUGGUGAGCCUUUAUUCAAGACUCACGAUAAUUUGGAGCAUUUGGCAAUGAUAGAGAAGUUUGUGGGGUACCCCAUUGAUAAGUCAAUGGUAAGGCGACUGAAAAUCGCUGGAAAUGAAUGUGGAAUCAGUUUUUUUACCGAUGAAAAUCUGAUCAACUUGGACGAUUGUGAAGAGAGUAAUGACGAAGAAGAAGAUGGGGAUGCUAUCGACGAUGUGAUUGAAGACAAGUAUGACGAUAUCGACAUUGAUGAAGAGGACAACCACCUUCGGUUGAUAUUCCCUUCGUCGUCGAUGCCCAAUCAGUUUGUGGAGAAUGUUGACCAGUUGACCCGAAUCGACGAGUUUAUCUCCAGCCGAAUCGGCUUGAAAAUCAACUUUGACUUUUCCUUGAACUACAAUUACGAACAGAAUAAGCACCUCAUCAACUUUGGUAAUUUCACUUUCUGGUGGUUCUUGAUCGAUUUGCUCAAGAACUUGUUCAUAGUAAACCCUAAGAAUCGGUUAACGGCACAAGGAGCCAUGGAUCAUCCUUGGUUUAAUUUGGGAAUUGAGGACGAGGGCACCAUCUAG